AUGGGGAAGGACUACUACAAGACCCUAGGGAUCCCCAAGGGUUCCAAUGAGGAGGAGAUAAAGAAGGCAUACCGGCGCAUGGCCCUGCGCUUCCACCCUGACAAGAACAAGGACGCCAACGCCGAGGAGAAGUUCAAGGAGAUCGCAGAGGCCUAUGAGGUGCUCAGUGACCCCAAGAAGAGGGUGGUCUAUGAUCAGCUGGGAGAGGAAGGUGAGGAGGGGGGAGAGUCAUUAUGUGUCUGAGUUUGAUCCUGUCUGUGAGUCUGAGUGUGUCACAGAUACUCUGUCAGUGAGGCCUUGUCAAACAGGCUUUAUGAUGUAUUAAGUUAUUAUUGAAAUGGACCUGGCUCUGAACUGACUGAACAUCUAAUAUCAUAGUGGUGGUCUGCAGUCACUGAGGUAAUAAAACUGUGUCUCUUUUGUGCCUUCAUGUUUGUGGUCAUGUGCAGAAGUGUGGGGAUUGUCCAUUGUUAUCAUCAGUGUCAACAAGCUCUAAUGCCUUACAGUCUUCUUCAGCUGCUACUGUAGUAUUUUUGCAACGGUGUCUGUGUGUGUGUGCGCGCGUGUGUGUGUGAGCUGACAGACAGAUGGCUUAAGAUCAUUACGUGGUUGAGUUAUGAAUAGCUGCGACUGCUGUAGUUUGCAUGUGUGGGUGUUUUGUGCAUGUGUCUCUGUUGAAAGGUGUGUUUUGUGUGUGUACUCGUGAGUGUGUGUUGGACAGAGUGACCUGGUAUUUUAUGAGUUCCUCCUCUGGCAGAGCUGUUUGAAGAACGGUGAUGCUGUGGGAUUUUUCCCACCCACGUGGGCUCCACUCUUCCCUGUGCUGUUACCAACAUGCAGUCUCUUCUGAACAGAGUCCAUUGCUUGCUUUCUGAGUCCAUAAUUCUGUGUGUUUUUCAGAUGGUGGGUGUUUGAGUUUGCAUGUGCUUCAAAGGUCUCACGUUCUCUCUCUCUCUCUCUCUUUCUCUCUCUCUCUCUUCUCUUCUCUUAUUUAGGUUUGAAGACAGGUGGAAGCAGCUCCUCAGGUACUCCUGGCAGCUCAACAUACCACUACACCUUCCAUGGAGACCCCCACGCCACCUUCGCCUCCUUCUUUGGUGGCUCCAACCCAUUCGACAUGUUCUUUGGUUCCAACCGCAGCCACAGUCGCUCCAACGGGUUCUCCUUCCACAAUGACCAUGAUAAUGAGCAGGACAUGGACGUGGAUGAGGAUGACCCCUUCUCUCAUUUUGGUAGACAGUUUGGCUUUCCAGGGGGGAUGAACAACGGCUUCCCUGGGGAGGGGCGCAGAAGGAGAGGGGCACCAUCAGAGCGCCUGAGCGCCGGGCGGAAGCAGCAGGAUCCUCCAGUGGUUCAUGAGUUGAAGGUCUCCCUGGAGGAGAUCUUCCAUGGCUGCACCAAGCGCAUGAAGAUCACUCGCCGGAGGCUGAACCCAGAUGGGCGGAGCAUGAGGACAGAGGACAAGAUCCUCAACAUUAUCAUCAAGAAGGGCUGGAAGGAGGGGACCAAGAUCACCUUCCCAAAGGAGGGGGAUGAGACCCCUGAGAACAUUCCUGCUGACAUAGCCUUUGUGCUUAAAGACAAAGGACAUGCCCACUUCAAAAGAGACGGUUCCAAUAUCAUUUAUAACUGCAAGAUCAGUCUGAAAGAGGUGAGUCAGUCUUUGUUCUUUUUUCUAUUGUCUUCUCUCAUUGUUACAUCUCCAUAUUUUGAUGAAUUCACAAUGCUGCUGAGGUUGUGUGUUGAAUUCCCUGUGAAAAACAGCGGAGAGAAAUCUAAUUCGGUCAGAGAGCUGCAAAAUUAUGCAUGAAUAUCUAAACAGUGGCACAUUUUCUUCUCCCUCCUUCGUCAUUUUUGUCACUAAGACUAGUCAAACAGUUGAUGAGUUGGAGAGGUGUGACUGUAAUGUAAGGGUAGGAUUAUAUUCUGGGUGUGUGGUCUUAUUAAUCUUUCUUGAUGAGUGAGUGUGUGUAUGUGUGUGUUUUGCCAGAGGGUAAGAUCAGUGAACAGCAGCGUCUCUGCCACUGCAGUGUGAGAGAGGGAACAGGAAUGUCUUGUCCUUGUGUGACCGGUAUGGGGCCAUCGUCCUCACUUGUUUUGCACUGCUGUCUGAAUAAAUAUACAGAAACACACAUCAAGGAAGACACACAGAAAGCUACACACAGGCAUAGACAUUGACGCAGGCUUUCACACUUGUGCAUCUUUCUAGUGUAUUUGCAAACACACCCACAUUUAAAGAUGGAUUGUAGUGAGGCAGUGGUGACAAUCCAGGCCGCUAUUACUGUGACUGGCAGGACAUUUAAUUAGCCGCUCCUAUGAGGGCAACGGGUCCGGCACAGCUCUGCUCUGUCUGUGAAUUACACAAGCUUUAAUGUGUGUCUAAUAGCACUUCCACUCUGCGGCCUGCACUCCACAUGGCUGGCUUAAUGGUGGGUGUUCUUUAAGAGUCGGAGAUGUCAGGUGAAUCGUUUGUACUCCAAUCAGUCCAAUUUCGAACAAUUUUCUCUCUAAAAGCUGCACCGACUCUUGGCUGAAAUUCCUUUCAAAGAAAUUUACCAGGAAACCGGGAAACCUGCGCACAGCACAACUAAGAAGACAGCCUAGUUAUAAUGAGAGAACAUUAGGUUUUGUGGAGCAGGAGAUGGUACUCAAUCAAACCUGCACAGUGAUUAAGUUUGCACUGCAGAACUCCCACAGCUAAGUCCUCUGCUCCUACAGCAGCAGAUAAGAGACUUAAGUGUGAUGCAGCUAAAGACGUUGUGGGGGAGAGAUGGGGAAAUGUGGAUGGGGAUGGGGGCUAUCUGGGGAAUAUUAGGGAAGUGGGUCAGAUGAUUUAGUAUCCAAAGCAAAUAAGAGCUCAUAUUCCUCUGCAUGCUUUACCUGAGGAUAUGAUGCUGCACUAAAAACACAGCACUGGUUACAUGCUGCACACCAGACAGCCUGCAACAUUUGAUAUGGCAAAUGUUAUGCAAUGCACCAGAAGAUGAUAUGAUGCAGUCCACAAGAUGAGUGUCCCCAUUAGCAAAGAGACUACAGAAGUAUUAGUUUUAAGAGCAAAUUGAAAAGGGGAAAGAGGAACUUACAAGUCUUAAACAACAGUAUGAUCCCCUUGUUAUGCAGUUACUCCAUUUUUGUUUCUGCCCAAAGCCCUUUCUGUUUGACCAAGCUUUGAACUCGAAAGUGUCACGUCUAGAUUUAACUUCCAGUUUUGCAGUGUCUUCACUGUGACAGCGGUCGUGAGCAGUUAGGGAGCGCAGCGCAAACUUGACACAUUGAUUCCACUGAAACUGACCUACACCUGGAUUUAUAUGCUGCUCAUUCAGGCGUUAAUGAUUCGUCUGCAGUGUGCUGGUAUCUUCUGUGCCAGUGCAUUUCCAACUCCUGCACACCAAAUUGCAAAAUGUAGCUGUUAAAAUCUAAGAGGAAAGUGUGCAGCUGUAUCUGUGUUGUUAUAAAGAGGGCAAAGACUGUUUCUAAGUAGUUUGAAUCACCAGAUUUGACAGUUUUUAGUCCAGUCCAGUGAUAGGCAGCUUAAAGCACAAUGACAAUGGUUUUCAGUAUUUGGAUUAGGGAUGCACCGAUCUGCUUUUUCACCUCCGAUACUGAUACAGACAUCUACAGUUUAAUAUCAGCCGAUACCGAUUCAAUUCUGAUACAGAAAAGCCGUGCUGAAUUACCUUUUGUUGUGACCUGAAGUUUUACCACCGCCCCUCAGAACGUUUACUGCGCAGGUAUUGCAAGUGGCCAUCAAGCUUGUAGGCUGAGGUAGUGUGAUAACGUUCAAGAUAACAGACCCCUUUGCUCACUCCAUUUUGAAAACAAUGUGGGCAUCUGCUCAGCGUGUUUACUUGUGAAUGCCACUCACAGCACAUAGCAUAGAGUUAGACUGAAUAGAUGCAUCAGGCCCAUUGUCACGAUACCCAAUCUAGAAUUUUCUUCAGUAUUGGGACCGAUACUGAUAUCAAUUAUCGGAUCGGUGCAUCCCCAAUUUGGAUGUGGUAAGGAAAUUCACAAUCAAAGCAAUAUUGUUUCUUUGGCGCUACAUUGUGUGACAUGAGAGUUGUGCAAUAAGUAAAUCACGGCAACCUGUCUGUCUGUGUGUGUGUGUGACUUUGAAAGGUGAAUGAGGCCACUCUUAACAUGAGGAUGAGCCCUAGUCUCAUUCACAGUCACUUGCCUAAUGUAAGUAGCUUGAUGUCAUAGCUGAAAAUCCCUGUCUGUACUCAAAAGCAGCUGCUCCACUCUAAUGAUCUUCAACUUUCCACAUGGCCAGUCUUGUUCGUUAAAAAGAUAUCACCAGACCAGACAAGAAAAUCCUGCAGCAGUCCUAAGUCAAAAUUAGCCACAUUAUGAAAUUGGCUGGGUGUUAGAGGUUAAGCACGUGCCGGUACGUGGCUUUAUAACUGUUACAUCAUGACAGUCUGGUUGAGUUGAGAUGGUUUGAGAUAAGAGUUGGUAUGUUUUGGAAAAAUCUCAGGAGGGAAACCCAAACAGCAAGAAUUCUCCUUUCUGUCCAAACAUGAGCCUCAAAAGCCCCAAAGCUGAAUGAAUAGAUCUUUUCUUGGCAUAGAUUCUCUGGUCACCACAAGAAUAAGAACAACUUGAUAAUACAGAGAGACCAGACUUGCAGUAACCUCUACGUUCAAGUGUAUCAUUUGAAACGGUCGUCUUCAAGGUCUUCUUCAGCUGCAUUUUUCUUUCUUUUUUUUUCCUUUAUCAGCUGUCGGGCCAGCUAAUAUUGCACUUGUGAAGUGCUGCAAAGUGCUCUGCUCAUAAUGGAUCAUAAUAAAACCUUUUCUCACAACAUGAGACUCCAUCUCAUCUUGAUGUUGGGUCUCCUAGGUAAUACAUGAAGCUCAUGGUAUUGAAGUGGUAUUGACAGAAAUGUCACAUUCAUGAUCUCCGUGUAUUGAUGUAGUUUUCCAGAUACUGUAAUGCCAAGGUUUUCUUUUCCAAAUAGCCCACUAAGUUGUACAUUAUCUCUACCAGCCAUAGGCCUGCCUACUAAUUUCAAUCGUUAGUGUACACUGUUACUGGUAAAUGUUCAAGGUACAACAACUCUUGUGGAAGUCAUUCCCAGUUGUUGGAAAACAGUGUUGGAAGAAGUCAAGGUAGCUGCAGUAUUUCGGCGUUAUCCGCUUAUUGUGAGUCAAAAUCAUAAGGGAGUUUUAGGAGAACAAGAGAGAACAGCCCCCCUUCCCUUCCCCUCUCUUGAGAUCUGAUCAGCUCACCCCAAAUCCUCAACUGUGAUUGUCUAUUUGUGUUGUCAGAGUUACUGGGGAUGCUGGUGGCUUUCUUUGUUUGGUAUUUCAGUGUGGCACAUAUUCUUUUAUCAUUUUGACUCUGGACACACUUAUUCUUGACAAAAAUAUAAUCAAGAAUUUAUGCAAGGAAGAUUGUACAAGUGCAUUUUUAGUACCUUUUUAUGCCAUCUAAAAAAGGAAGUUUCUAUUUUCUAAAGGGAUUUUAUACAGAAGAUGGUGUUUGGAAAGUAAGCAAGGUAGACCAGUCUAGCCGUGUCACUGAGUGAAUUUGGCAGUGGGUCUGUCCACACUAUACAACUAUCAGUGCUACCUUAUUCCAACUACCAUAUGGAUAGCUGGCAGCACAAGGCUAAGAACCACACAUGCAUAGAAACUGCACCUAGCUAAACACAAUGAAAGUCUUCAUGCAGGAGAACACUCAGUUAGAAUAAUAUACACAGGAUAAGGACAUCUUCUAAAUACUCUAGUUUUAAAAAAGUCAGGAUGUGCCCCUGUCUGCACAUCACAUCUCCAUCUACCACAUCUCCCACCACAUCUUUACAGUGUUUAUUUAUUACUUCCUUUUGUAACAGUUGCUUACUAAUGUAUUAUAUAAAAAGUUUUUUUUAUUGGUCAGGAUGUUCAUUCACAGGGUUGUGGAUUUAAAUAGUUCUUUUUAUUCAGCGUAAAUCUGGCAAGUGAUGCUCACUGGAAAGCCUGUGGAGUCGUGAUAACCGCAGGUCUCUAUGUUUAGUUUAGCGCUCUCUAUACACUGACUGGAUUCAUCAGGCAGUAUGAUAAGGAGGUGAGGCUUAGUGUGUGUUUCUGUUUUUGUAUGUGUGUGUGUUCCCUCUUUCUUUCUUGCCAGCCCAUCUGACAAGCCCUCCAACUAUUUACGAGCUCAGCCGAUUCCUGCCUCACUUCAUUAGCCCCCGCUAUGAGACUGUUGCUAAAAUUAGCCCCCUGUGCAAUGUGUAGCCCCUCCAACACUAACACACACACCCCAUCCACCUACACUAACACACACAAACACACACACACACACACUGGAAAACUUAUCACUGCCAAGUCAUGUUUUCCGACUGGUCCUGUUCCAAUGCUUUUCAGUAGACCCCACAGAGCUGUAGCUAAUACCAUAACAACACGCCAGGAUAGUUUACUUCCUGUCUCUUUCUAUCUUACACAAACACGAUGAACACACACAGAAAGCAUGUGUAGGUUUGACUUGUUCGAAUGACGUCCAGAGGCAAGAUAAACUUCUUAAUGGAAACAUGAGGUCAUCGAGAUAUUCAUGUCUUUGGCACUUCAUUCCCACUAAAAAUAUUAACCCCCUUCAUUUCCUCUCUUCUGUAGGCGUUGUGUGGCUGCACAGUUAGCAUUCCCACGCUGGACAACCGCAUCAUCUCGCUACCCUGUCAUGAUAUCAUCAAGCCAGGGACGGUGAAGCGAGUCAGAGGGGAAGGCCUGCCUUUCCCAAAGAACCCAUCACAGCGGGGUGACCUCAUUGUGGAAUUUUCCGUACGUUUUCCGGACAGGAUCCCCCCUCAGUCGAGAGAGAUCAUUAGACAACAUCUCCCACAGUCAUAA